CAUUUUGUAGCACACCCAUAACAAAAUAUAUUCUUCAAUAUCCUGCUGCGCAACCAAAUCUAUUUCGGAUCUCCACCACCAUUCUUCAUUGGUUACGUAUUCAUAACCCCAGCAACCGCCGCAACCCCCCUCACUUGUGCUCCUGUUGUGUUUGUAGAUAUCCCUUUCGCCUCUCUCCCUGUCUCUCUCUCUCUCUCUCUCUCUCUCGCUCUCGCGCGCGCGCACACGCCCAAAUCGCCAUGGCCGCCCCACUCCGCUACGCCCUGCUCCAUAACCCCGCAACAGACCUAUCCGGGAAACACCAUGGCUACAUCCUCCGCGUCAUCCCCUCCUCCUACCGCGCCACCGCCGCGGCGAAAUCCACUACUUUAUGCUCCCUCCUCCGUCUCAAACGCACAAACCCUAACCUCCCUCGCUCCCUCUCCUCCUCCGAUCUUCCCUCCCCUGGUGGCGGCGCUGGCGACGGCAUUCACUUCGGCGGCGGCGGCGGUGGCGGUGGAUGGGGCUCCGAUGGGACUCCCGGCGACCAUCACCACGGCGAGGAGCCCUCUGGUGGUUCCGGGCCCCUUGGCGUCUUCCUCGAGGGUUGGCGAGCUAGGGUCUCAGCCGACCCGCAGUUCCCCUUCAAGGUCCUCAUGGAGGAGCUCGUUGGCGUGAGCGCCUGCGUCCUCGGCGACAUGGCCUCCCGCCCCAACUUUGGCCUCAACGAGCUCGACUUCGUCUUCUCUACCCUCGUCGUUGGAUCCAUCCUCAACUUCGUCCUCAUGUACCUCCUCGCCCCCACUUCUGCCUCGGCCUCCGCUUCCUCUGCCCUCCCUGGAAUAUUCGCGUCCUGUCCCACCGGCCACAUGUUUGAGCCCGGCUCCUACUCGCUCUUCUCCCGGCUCGGCACCCUGGUCUACAAAGGCGUCACCUUCGCCACUGUAGGGUUUGCUGCAGGGCUUGUGGGGACGGCCAUCUCAAAUGGAUUGAUUGCUUUGAGGAAGAGGAUGGAUCCGGAGUUUGAAGUUCCCAACAAGCCCCCUCCCACGAUGCUCAAUGCCUGUACCUGGGCCUUGCACAUGGGUUUGAGCAGCAACUUGCGUUACCAAACGUUGAAUGGCAUGGAGUUCGUGAUGGAGAACGUGUUGCCUCCGGCUGGUUUUAAGUCGUCCGUGUUGGUUUUGAGGUGCUUGAACAAUGUGUUGGGUGGGAUGUCAUUUGUGAUGCUCGCAAGGCUGACCGGCGCACAGAAGGUAGAGGCGGAUAAGGGAGAAGAGAAGAAGAGAUCGAUUGAUAGUGGUGUUCUAGCGGUUGCAGAGGAGGGGGAAACAUCGAAUUGCUCAGAGAAAAUCUAGAAAGAGAGAUCAGGGAAAGUGUUUUCACUAAGCCAAGUUGUUUGUACUGUAGGAAUGCUUAAGAUUGGUGUGAUUUAUUUCAAUGAAUAAUGAAUAAUGAGGUGAAUUUGGUAGAAUAAUUCAGAACAAAAACAUCUCAUGAUGCUAUCAAUUAUAAAUUAUGUGCAAAUGGUUCAAUAAUGUAAAAGGUUUUGCUGAA